AUGGCCUCAGCAAGCACCGCAGCUGAUAUUUCUGAAGCAAAGAUCACACCAAUUGUCAUCAUUUCAUGUAUACUCGCUUCAAGUGGAGGCCUCAUGUUUGGUUAUGAGGUUGGCAUUUCUGGCGGUGUGACAGCUAUGCCAGGUUUCUUGAAAAAGUUCUACCCAGACGUGUACACUAGCACUCAGAAACUGAAGACCAAUAGCAAUUACUGCAGAUUUAACAAUCAAGGCCUGCAAUUGUUCACCUCUUUGUUGUACCUUGCUGCUUUGGUAUCGACCUUCUUUGCAUCGUACACUACCAAAAGGCUAGGGCGAAGGCUGACCAUGUUAAUUGCUGGGUUUUUCUUCAUUGUUGGUACAGUUCUUAAUGCUUCAUUUCAAGAACUUUCCAUGGUUAUCAUUGGUAGGAUCUUUCUUGGCUGCGGAGUUGGUUUCGCCAAUCAGGCUGUGCCACUAUUCCUUUCGGAGAUUGCACCCACAAGAAUUCGUGGAGGACUCAACAUACUUUUCCAACUAAAUGUAACCGUUGGAAUUCUUUUUGCUACCCUUGUCAAUUAUGGUGCUGCUAAGAUUAAAGGGGGAUGGGGUUGGAGGGUAUCGCUGGGUUUGGCCGGUGUUCCGGCACUCUUGCUGACCUUGGGGUCUCUUAUUGUGGUAGACACUCCUAACAGUUUGAUACAACGUGGUAAGUUGGAUGAAGGAAGAGCAGUACUUAAAAGGAUCAGAGGCACCGAAAACGUUGAAGCCGAGUUCUCGGAGAUACUGGAGGCAAGUAGUGCAGCCAAAGAAAUAAAGCACCCCUUUAAAAAUCUCCUUAAAUGGAAGAAUCGCCCCCCACUGGUGAUUGCAAUAGCAAUGCAGAUCUUCCAGCAGUUCACAGGCAUGAAUGCAAUUCUUUUCUAUGCUCCCAUUUUAUUUGCGACCAUGGGCUUUGGCAACAAUGCCUCCCUUUAUGCCGCAGUUAUACUAGGAGCUGUCAAUGUCCUUGCAACGAUUGUAUCUAUCUUCUUGGUUGACAAAGUUGGGCGUCGAAUGCUGUUAUUAGAAGCUGGGAUCCAAAUGUUGCUUUCUCAAUUGGUUAUCGGAAUAGUGCUAGCCUUCAAGGUUAAGGAUCACUCUAAUAACUUAUCUUAUGGUUUGGCGAUUGUGGUGGUGGUCAUGGUGUGCACUUUCAUCUCCGCCUUUGCCUGGUCUUGGGGACCCCUCGGGUGGUUAAUUCCUAGUGAGACAUUUCCGUUGGAGACUCGGUCAGCGGGGCAAAGUGUGACCGUUUGCAUGAACAUGCUUUGCUGUUUUCUUAUAGGACAAGUCUUCCUCUUAAUGCUUUGCAGUAUGAAGUAUGGCGUCUUCUUGUUUUUCUCUGCUUGGGUCUUGGUCAUGUCACUCUUUGUGCUAUGUUUGGUUCCCGAGACCAAAAAUGUCCCUAUUGAGGAGAUGGCAGAGAGAGUGUGGAAGCAACAUUGGUUUUGGAAGAGAUAUAAAGACGACUACGGAGGUGGUCGAGUCAAAUAAUUUUAUUUUUAUGAUUACAUUGGAGGGUUCCAAGAGAAAAUGUCAUCAAAAUAACUGUGUUAAAUCCCUCUCA